AACCCCCUUAUAUUUCAGUCUCUGAUUUAGAAGAGGCGGAAAACAAAAUGCAGAAGUCUCUUUUCUUCACAUCCCCAGCACCAAAUCCAAUCCCUCCAAAAUCCCAAUUCAAAUCUCUUCCCCAAGCACCACAACCCAAUCCAAUUCCACCAAAAUCCCACUUCAAUUCCCUCAACAAAAACCCACAUCAGGAAAACGACAAAACCUCCCUCAUUCCUACCAUGCCUGAAAUCAUGGCAGCCUCAAGAGCCCAAAACCUCAGCCUCCAGCUCCAAAAGCUAGGACCCUUUUUCCAAAUCAGCGCCUGGAGCUUGGAAACAGAGCAGGAGCUUGGGAGGGCAGAGGGUCUGGUGAGGUUCUGGUUUGGAGGGAGAAUUCUCCAUCUGGAUUCGAUUCGAAUGCGAAGAGAGACGUUGGGCAUGCAGAAAUCGAUUUUCGGUCUCGGGCUGUUUGUUGGGGCUGUUGCAGUGCGGCACGGAUACGACUGUGGGUGUAGGAAAGCAGAGCUUCUUGCUAUCAAUGACACUGAUCUCUUCCACUCUAAGUUUUGGCAAUUGGCACUCGGGUCCCACAGCUUGUUAGGUUCUACACAAGAAUUGGGUUCAAGGCCGUGCAUGAAGUUACCGGUUCGUCGAUGGGUGACCUGGCUCACAUGUUGGUAUGGGGAGGGAAGGGAACUAGAAUGGAUGCUGAUAUUGAAGAGCUUCUCAUGAAAUGGGGCAGCAGGUUUAAAGCUAGGAAUUGAAAUUGAAUUGGAAUUCAGACUUUUACAAACUUAAGCAAGUGAACUACGCCGUUGAUUCAUUCUUGAGGUGAGUAGUUUGAGGUUUUUCUGCAAACUAUUAUAAGCUUCCAUGAAUCCUAUAGAUUAACAGAAGAACUGUGUGAUUCAAGGGUGUGUUUGGAUGCACGAUUGAAAUGUUUACAGCUUCUAAUAUCUCAUUUGAUAAAGAGGAAAUGGCCUAUAUGGGUGAGGAACCGGGCCCCAAAUUACCAUCGUGAUCAUUUCUAGGCUAACAUGAAGCACACGGGGUUGCAGUUAUGGGUUUGGUUGUCAUUAUGAAUCAACGUGGCGACAGCCGACUUUGGUCAUUUCCUCUUUUUUGAAUUGAUUUAUUACAAUUCGAUUCAAUUGAGUGUCCAAACGCACCCUAAAUGGGUAGUGUUACAAUCAACUUGAAGGCUGAAUGCAGCAUUGUAUCUUCCUAUCUGCAUUCCUUUUUAUAAUUUCUUUCAUGCAGCUUUUAUAUUUAACGAGUGCUUGAUCUUUGUUUCUGUUUUGAAGAUAGUAGUAAUAGUAAUAGUAGAGUUUGACGCAGCUGAUUUCAUAUUCUUACCACAAUCUCAUUGACCCUGAGUCGGUCACAAUAGUCUCAUUUGAGGGAGGGAGGGAGGCAGGGAGGAAGAGUCUGCUUCACAUGUGAGGGUCGACUUGGUUCAUCACGAUGACCAAUUAGGUCUGUUGGCAAUUACCACCAUAAGCACGGUUGUAUGGUUGGUGAAUCCUGAUCGUCUAUCAGCUGAGGCCUACUGUGGAUGGCCCGUGGUAGAGAAACCACAUAGAUCUGCUUGAUGUGGCCUUCAAAUGGAUGUGAGAAUAGAGAAAUCAUUAAUGACCAAGAGGGAGAAGUUCCAUUAAUAGGGGCCAUUCACAUACAGAUUCAGCCCACCAGAUGGACUGUCUAGAUUUACUGGCCAUACAACCUUGUGUACGUUGUUUAGUAGCAACGCACAUAAAUAGGUUAACUGAUACGAACAUGGAAGUUCCUCUUUUGAUAUUGUGAGUAGGGUUGUCAAUGGGUUGGAUUUGGGUCUUGCCUAGUCCCGGUCUAGUUCUUGAAUACCUAGACCUGGAUCCGAUCGAGUUCGGGUACCCAUUGGGUCUUUGGAUCUAGGUGUCAAGUUGGGUUCAAGAAACAUAAGAGCAUUUGCAUGGUUGGGUUCACCUGAUAGAUGGAUUAGAUUGCACACAAAUGUGCCACUUUGACACGUGUAUGAUCUAUAAAUUGGUUCUCUGAUGUGUGUGGCUUUGGAAACCUCACUUUGUUGCUAGAAUCAUCAAUUUUUUAUUAAAAUUUAUUGGAUACAACCCAACUUUAACGGGGUCCAUCACAUGGACCCGACUCAAACCUGAUAAGACCCGAUUUUUAAUUGGGUCCAAAAGGUGAGACCCGAACCCAAUACGAUUUCUUAACUGGUCCAGAAGAUGGACCUGAACCUGUUAAAAUCAGGUUGGGUCCAUUGGUUACCUGUUGACAGCCCUAAUUUUGAGUUGUCAUUGCUUUAAAAAGUUUUAACUGUCAGAGCAGACAAUCUUUUUUCUAUUCCAUUGCAUAUUGUUAUUGUUAUUGCUGCUGCUGUUCUGUAAUUGCUGCUUCAGGGUAAUUUGGACCCUUGGAUCUAAACCAUGAAGAUUGGACAUCCCAUCUCAUGUCCAACAUGAGGGCGAAAUGAAAAGGUACAAUACCUGUUUUCAUCUAAUCCAUGUUUUGGGGGUCCUUGUGGUUGGGUCUUCUAAACAUGGCCCAAGGACCAGGCCGAGGCCUAAAACCUAGGCCUGGUGUCUGGUCAAUGCCGAGCUUGGGACACUAGGCCAAUGAUGAAUGGGGUCAUGCUUCAACGAUCCUCGAAAAAAAUUCUUAAAUUGAACUAUUUCAAACCUUUGAUAAUGUAACUCUUUUCCUUACAAGGCCGGCCUUGGGCUGGCCUGACAAUGCUGGGGCCCUGGCUAAGGCCUUUUUAGCCUGAUUAGGGCUAGGGUUGAGGAGACUAGGUCUAGGAUAGAGCCAACCUAGUUACUUGGUGGUAGUAAUGGGCUGAGCCCGGGCUUAACAAUUGCAAAAUUUCGAGUUGGCAUGGCCCAAACAGUUAAAAAAUUGGGGCCUGAGAUAGCCCUAGGGCCAGGGCCUGUCGACAGCCUGACACAAAUGAAACAUGCAUGAUUCUUGUGCUCAACAGAAAUUCUAGAGGGAUUGGCGAGAGGAGAUAUUGAAGAGGGGAUUCGCUGCAGGCACAGGUGCGAGAUCCUCACUACUCGGAAAAUCAAUGGCUGUGAUUGCUUAAGGAGCUUGCACGCGGACUUGGAAAUGUAAACUUCCGCCAUCUAUGGUAGACUUUCAGGGUGUAUGUAAGUACGAGAAUGCAGUAAGCUGCCGUCUGUGAAAUCAGAGUUACAUGCAGGUACUCUGACAAAUCUCGUUAUCAGCAAUUUCUUGGAGAUUUUCAGAUUUUGAGGUUUUUCUCAGGAUAUUAUCUGGAAAAUCUUGAUGAAAAUAAAAUAUUUAUUAUAAAUUAAUAAAUAUAUUUAAUUUAAAUAUACAUUUAUAUAACAAA